AUGAAUAUUCCGCGCAAGAUUGAAAAACUAUUCCAGGCAGUGGAAGUAAUGGAAGGAGACGGAGCGACCGUCCGUCGAACCAUUGGAAGCCCCAAACUACGCAAUUUCACCCCAUUUAUCGUAUUCGACCAUGCCACUGUGGGCUCCGAAGCAGGAUUUCCAGAACACCCUCACCGCGGUCAGGAGACGAUCAGCUAUUGUCUCAGUGGAAGCAUCGACCAUGAAGAUUUUACAGGACGUCGAGGCACCCUCACUGCCGGUGACUUGCAAUUUAUGACCGCUGGUCGGGGAAUCAUGCAUGCGGAGAUGCCCCGGGGGAGUCCGGACGGCCGCCCUGCAGUGGGAAUACAGGUCUGGGUCGACCUACCGGAAGCCCUGAAAUACGUGGAGCCGCGAUACCGGUACAUGAAUGUGGCUCAAGUUCCCAAAGUGGAAGUCGAUCAGGGCCGGGUGACAGUCGCCGUGAUUUCAGGACAGUCUCAUGGAAAAGAGUCUAAACAGGACCUGACCUACACGCCUAUUUGGUAUCUGGAUAUCACCAUUCGGCCGGGAGGCCGAGUCAAGCAGAUUGUGCCCAUUGGUUGGAACACUUUUGCCUAUGUCCUGGAAGGUACCACAACCUUUCACUCUGCGGCGGCUAGAAAAGAAGCCAAGCGUUAUCACAAUGUCAUCUUCGAUUCGCAGGGAACGCAUAUUGAAGCUUCGGUUCCGGAAGAUGGAGAAGUUUCUCGCUUCCUGCUUCUAUCCGGGGAGCCUCUGAAGCAGCGCAUUGUGCAUCAUGGACCUUUUGUUUGUACUAGCGAGGAGGAAGUAUACCAAGCCAUUUCUGAUUUCCGUAAUGGGAAAAAUGGGUUUGAGAGAGCGAUUAGUUGGCGGAGUAGCAUCACAAACCCAAUAUCAAACUGA